AACAACAACAACAACUUCACGCACCCCGCCAACCAACCAGCCAACCAACGACAUCCGAUCAUACACACCAUGUCGGCGUCACCAGCCCUCGAACAGCACCUGAGAAGCGUCAUCCCCCAGGCCGACCGCUCGUCGCUCCGCGAGGAUGUGAUCCCCAAGAUCCUCGGCGCCAUCGCCGGCAUCGCCAGCACGCUGCACACCUCCCAGCACGUCUCGCUGGCCGGGACCGCCAACGCCUUCGGAGACGACCAGCUCAACGUCGACGUGCUGUCCGAGAACGUCAUGCGGGAGGCCAUCGCGCGGUGCCCGUCCAUCGUCACGGCCAGCAGCGAGGAGGACCCCGUCGAGAAGCCGGCGAGGCCAAGCGGCGAGGCGGCGGCCGGCACCCUUUCCCGCCCUCCCCCUGCAACCACGUCGGAAGAGUACACCGUCGCCUUCGACCCCCUCGACGGCAGCUCCAUCAUCGCGCCCAACUGGACCGUCGGCACCAUCGUCGGCAUCUGGGACGGCCGGACGGCGGUGGGCCAGCUCCCCGCCGAGAAGCAGAUCGCCGCCAUUAUGGGCGUCAUCGGGCCGCGGAUCACGGCCGUCGUGGCCCUGCGGAUCCCCGGCACUAGCAACGGCACCGGCACCGGCGCUGACGCGGACCCGGUGUGUUUCGAGAUCGGCUUCGGCCCCAACGGCGUCGCCGACUGCGAGAUUAUCCGCGCCUCCGUCCGGUUCGCCGACGCGCCCUUCAAGACGCGCUACUUCGCGCCCGCCAACCUGCGCCACGCGGCCGACGACGAGCGGUACGGCGCCCUCAUCGCCCGCUUCAUCCGGGAGAAGUACACGCUGCGCUACUGCGGCGGCCUCGUCCCGGACAUCGUGCACGCGCUCGUCAAGGGCCACGGCGUCUACGUCUCGCCCGUCUCGCCCGGCACCCUCCCCAAGCUCAGGUUCCUGUACGAGCUGUACCCCAUCGCCCUGAUUGUGGAGUGCGCGGGGGGCAAGGCCAUCGACCCGGCCGACGGCAGGCCUCUCCUGGACAAGGCGUCAGUUGACUGCGACGGGAGGGCCGGCUUGAUCUGCGGGACGGCGGAGGAGGUCGACAUUGUGAGGAGGGCUUUGCUGGAGUGAGAGGGAGUAUGCUAUGAUCAUUGAUUGCUAUGGGAUUGGGGAAUGGCAGCGAAGUUCGUUGUGGCGAGGAGAUGAUAGAUACAACACUUGCCCGCUGCUCAUCUCGACUUUGAUGCUGUGCAUUCAGCCAAGGAGGGUAGAGUGACGAUGCUACAGGACUGCGUACAUUGAAAUCUCCAUAGUGAACUGGACUGUCAAGUCAGCGGUUCAAAAAUUGACAGCGAUAGGGAGAAUGCAGUCGUUGAUGGACCCAGACAUGCAACAACGAACGCAACUCCCGAGAUGAAUUGCUUCAGGGAUCUUU